CACACAUACCGAUACCACUCGACUCGCCCAUUUCGCGGCUGUUCUUCAUGGCCAACUUUGAUUCCGCCUCUCAACACACGCUUGUAACGUCGAUUGAUAUAAGGGUAAUCAGCUUAUUUGCUUGCGUUCUUGCGUGCUUGGGGAGAGCACUCAGCACUCUACGUGACGGCGAUUUAGACGCGAGUAUGAAAACGGGCAAUCAGAUGUAUGUACUCUACAUACUUGUGAUAUAUGGGCGUUUCACCGGCGUGUGCACUGUGCACUGUGCAGCCAGAGGCGAGAGGCGAGAGACAUGGUGGUAACGAUCAUCUAUGUGCUGAUGUUUCUUACGGCCGAACAUACACAGUCCCCACCGUGUGCUUCUUGAUCACCAGCUGAAUCCACUGCGCACUGGCUGGCUGGCUGGCUCAACAUACCCCACUCGGGCAUGUCCAAUGAUUCCAAUCCCCUCGAGCCGAGAACCAUCAGCAACAGCAACAGCCGCAGGCGUUGUCCCCCCAUCCCCAUCCCCAUCCGCAUGUGCAUCCGGCGAACGAGUUAUGACCGACUAAACAAUCGGCAAUCAGCAAUCAGCAAUCAGCCCUCCCACCCAGCUUGACGCCG